AUGAAGUAUUUAAAGGUAAUGGGCACAAAAGAUUUGGCUCCUGAACUUGUGAUCUUAAGUGAUUGGAUUGCCCUUUUAUCUCAACCUGACAAAAAGUCAAAUGCAAACAAACUCUUUCGUGGAAUCCUAUUUUGUGUUCUGGAUGAGAGCUCUUAUCAACAGGAAAGCUAUCAACAACUACCUUGUCCUUUAUACAACACACAAUAUCAAUCACCACAACAUUUUUCCAUGUUUGUUCCAUCUCCUGCAUUUGAAAGUCCACCUACGGGGUUCAAUGAUCCAACUCUAACUGCAACUCAAGUUGUCCCCAAAGUCUUUGUUACUACAACUCCAACUAUCAUGAGAAACGUUGACCAAUACCAUCAACCCUUGGUCUUCAGCUCUCAUAUAUACCCUAGUUUGGUGAAUGCUAACCAUGGUUACCAAGCGAUAGAAAAAUCACGACAAAAGCCUCCUGAAAAGAUGAAUCUUGGAAGCAUUAGCUGUAAAAACAAUAGCAUGGGAGAACGAGAGAGGAGCCAAGUUCACUUGGAUGUAUAUGUGAUGCAGAGGAUGCUUGCCAUAAAUGAAUUGAAGAUCCAACAAAGGUACUGGCAAGUGCUUCCUAGUGGUCUGAAUACCUUUGAAACAAGAAACUUAGGAGAGUUUUAUGGUGUUGAUUUGGAAAAGAAAACAUGUACUUGUAGGAUUUGGAAACUGAAUGGGUAUGGUUGUGUACAUUCAGUGGCAGCCAUUUCUUAUGUAAACAGAGAUGUAGAGGCAUUUGUUGAUCCUUUAUAUCGUACUUGCAUAUAUAUGAACACCUACAAGUACUCAAUAGGAAGCAUGAAUGGGAGUGCAAUGUGGCCCCCAACAGACUACAUACCACCUUUGCCACCAUUGAAAAGGAAGAUAACAGAGAGACCCACUAUUAAGAGAAAGAGGGACAGUACUGAGGCCACAAUAAGUCAACCUGUGAUGCAGUGUCAAAGCCCCAAAAAAAGUCGGGUCAAAAAGAGGAAGGUUGAAGGUGAAUGUGAUAGUGGUAGUGCAUUGAAGAAAGGUAAGGGUGAAGUGCAAAGGAGAAAUGGUGUACAAAAGGGAAAUGGUGAAGGUGAAGGUGGAAGUGGAAUUGGUUUCAAAACGGGACAAGGUGAAUGUGGGUCAACAAGUUUUGUGAAUAAGAAGAAUAGUCAAAAAGAAGGUACAGUCAAGUUAAGGAAAAAGUCAGAGAGGAUAAUAAAGAAAAAGUUGGCAAAAGGGUGA